AUGAAGCCGGAGGUGGAGCAUGAUCCGACCGUGAAGACCUUCACCAAUUGGCUGGCCGAGAUGAAGGUGCAGAACAACCGCACGGUGCAGGAGAUCCUCUCCGAGACGUCGAUCAUCCGGGACAGCAUCACCACCAACAACAUGGAGCUUACGGACUUCAAGCGCCACUCCAGCGGUAUCUCCCAGCAGAUGCAGUCUCAGCUGACGGAUUUGCGGGAGAAGUUGACCUCGGCCUUUGGAGAGAUCACGGCGCUGGUGAAGCAGAAGACUCAGUCGGAUACGGAGAUGAUGCAGGACGUGAACACUUUGCAGCAGAACCUGUCACAGAAGACCUACGAGCUGGAAGCCUUGAAGAAGUCCUACUCCCAGGCGCAUCAGCACCUGCAGAGCUCGCUCAUCCAAAUGCAGAACCACCUCCAGGUCACCAAGAAUGAGGUCGGCUCGGCUAAAGCCGCCUGCGACCGGGAAAGGUAUCGAAACCGUUCACCCUGCGCUAUGGGAAAGAAGCUGAAGCGAAAGACGGCAGCCGCGGCCGUGGCGGAGGUGGCGGCUUUGGAUGCGCCGAAAUUGAAGCAGAAAGUGAAGCGCAGAAAACGAAAGGCGAAGGAGCCAGGGCCCAUGGGGCCCUCGGCGCCCGCGAACCUGGAGUCCCCGCAGUCCUGGCUUGCGCGGGCAAACGCUGACCGGGUGGAGCUGCGGCAGGAAGGUGUCGAUUGGGGUCUCUUCGCCACUUCCCAGCUGCCGCCCAACGAGGUGCUCCUGCAAAUUCCGGAGAAGAAGGGCGCAGUGGAGGGCACCUUCGGUGUGGCGCAGUGGCCGGAGGUCUUCCAGCCCCUGGUGAAGCGUUUGGGCCUCACGGCAUCGGCGCAUCCGAGCUCGGAGUGUGGAGCCGAGGAGUCGCUGCUGGUGCGGCCCAAAAAGGCCAAUGUACGCCUGGACGGCCCCACGCUGCAUACCUCUCGAGACCUGAAGGCGGGCGAGCAGCUGAGUUUGGGUCCCACCCGCGAGAACGCCCUGCUGCUUUUGCAGCACGGCUUCGCCACCAGCGACAACCCCCACGACCUUGUGCGGCUAGCACUGGCGGAGAGCAGACAGGUCACGCUGAGCCGCCGCGGCAUCCCCCAAGAUGUGGCCGACGCCAUCGAGCAGGAACAGGACACCCAGCAGUUCGUGUCGCUGCUGAAGGGCAUCCUGGAAAAGCGGCGCGCGCUCACGGACUGCCAAAAGCAGCUACCGAAGGAGCUAAACUUCAGCGUCUGCAAAGGCCCCGCGCGGCGACGGAAGCAGUUCCUGGAAGAUUUCCUGGAGUCGCAGCUCGCCAUUCUGGAGACCUGCCUGGAACAGAUGCGGGUGGCAGAGGAGGAGGAGGCAGCGGAAGAUGCUCAGGGAGAGGAGGUGCAGGAAGAAGAGGAAGAGGAAGAAGAGCAGGUGUUCCGAUCUCGGAAGCGUCGCAAGCGCCGGUGAGUAGCGAGA